GUCGAUGAAAGUAAGUAAUUUGAAUUUGAAUGUUCUUAUAUUUCUGUUGUAUAUACAAAAGCAUUAUUUUGAAGACAUAUUUAUAUUUGAUUGUGGAUAAUGCAGAAGGCUAGAGUAGGUAUGAUAAAGCCGAUGACAUUAUUUACAGACGUUAAGGGAACAAGCCAUCGUCGGGCAGGUGCAUUAGGUGGUAGUUCCCAUAUUGGAAAGGUAACGAUGAUAUUAAAUUUUUUAUUUAAUUGUUCAAUAUUAUUGUCUUUAGUACCGAAUAUUAUGUAUAUGCAGGGUGAGAGUAGUUCUCAGUCAUUGCCACUUAGCUCUGCACUAUUAAAGGGUGAUGUUCAGAUGAAAAUGAUUGGUCCGUUUAAUGCAAGUGCCCCGAUACUUGACGAUCAUGAUAUUGCGUCACUGGUUGAAUUUAUUUUUGACCCAGUUGUACCUGAUGAAAUAUUGGUGGAGACGGAUUUUAAUUUCCUCAAUAGAGAUUUGAUUAGAAGCUUGGGUCCGGGUAAGAAGGUGAUGGGUGAGGUGUUGAAUGUUGUUUGCGAGGUGAAUACACGUGCAGCUCUGCUAGUGUCAGCAGAAGACGAAAGAGCUUGGUAUUUGAAUACAAGAUUGACAGUAGGUUGGUCUAUUCAUUGGUUAGUUUGGUUGUUUGGGCCUGAUAAAUACUAAAUUCGACUAUAUCACAACACAGGUAGCUGGAAUUAGCAUUGAUAGUUUAUUCCCAGACAAUGGUCGUGAUGAUUCUGCGCGGAAGUUUUACUUUGGUGAUUUGAAGAAAUGUCAGCAUGUAUGUUCCCCUUACAAACUUUGUACUGUUCUCUUGUGCACUAAUAUUAAAUAUUAGUAAUGUUAUGUUUCUGAGUUGCAAAUUUUUAUUCCAAUCCACAAUGACAAAAUAGAACACUGGUUGCUUUUUAUAGUACACAUCGGUGAUGGUAUUGUAGAAAUAUGUGACUCGAUGUUGGACAAACAUGGGUCGUCAACUGGAAGUGCUCUUGUGAAAAUGGUGAUGGAGAAGCUUGAUUACUUACUUGCUGACCAAAUAGCCGACAAAAUGGGGCCUUCUUUUUCAUUCACCCAUUUUCAGGUUCAGACAAAUGUUGGAGUUCUUCAACAAUCAAAUGGAUAUGACUGUGGCAUCCACGUCAUUAACCGGAUUGAGGGUCGUCACGAGGUCUAUUUCAAACACUCCGUUGUAAGUGUCUUUUAUAUAUGUUGAAGAGGGGUAUGUUAAAUAACUUUUUAAUCUUGUUUGUCCUUAAUUACAAAAGUUUUCUUAAUAUGGAUGUACUGAGUUAUAAUAUGUAUUGAAUGAUUUUCAUUUUAGUUUAAUUCUGCGAAUGAGAGGAUUCGCAUUGCUCUUGGGCUGGUGACUUCUACGCACAACAAAAUUUGGGGCAAAGUUCAGCUUGGUUUCGAUGUAUGGAAGAAGACGAAGAACCAGGGAAUGAGGGGGGGAUUAAAUAGGAAGUUAUUUUAAGUGCAUUUACAGGGGAGUGUUUGACAGUUGUUAUUUUUUGGGACCGCGUAUAGGAUGGAAUUGGUUGCACAAGUACUUCAUCUUUUGGGACCGAUACCGGGCCAUUUUGCUCUUUCUCUACUUCAAAUUUUUACAAGUCGGUUGAAUAUUUCUUUCUAACACAUAACACAAUAUAUGGAUGGUGGACAGUCAUGUGAAGAUAUUUUUUAGUUGUACAGACUAACAUUUGUAGAGAUUUUAACUUGUGUGCA